AUGACUAUCACUACUACCAUUCCACCUCUCAAUCACUCUUCAUUCAAGCUACAAGGCCCAUAUGGUGAUUGGAGAGAUGACCUUCAUGAUCAAGGUUAUGCGAUUAUCAAGAAUGCUAUCGACCCAGAAAAGGCCCGGGAGUAUCAACGCAAAGCCCUAGACUGGCUCAAAUCAUUCAACACAGCACUCGAUCUUGAUGAUCCUUCCACAUGGACCAGAGACAACUUGCCUGUCCAAAGCAAGGUGAAUACAUUCAAUGGGUACUGUGUUACUCAUGAAAAAUUCAUGUGGGACGCUCGUAUGGAACCGAAGAUAUUAGAGGCAUUUGCCAAGAUCUGGGGUACCGACGAGCUACUCGUCUCGUUUGAUGCAUUAAACAUCACUCUACCAAAUCGAGAAGACAAACCUGCUCGAAGACCAUGGCCCCACGUGGAUCAAUCCCCGAUGCGUCGCGGGCUCCACUGUAUCCAAGGUGUUAUCAAUUUAAGCCAUGCGGGUCCCGAAGAUGGAUCCCUUAUGGUGUACCCGAGAUCCAACAAAGCAACCGAGGGGUUCUUCGACACUGAAACCGAUCCAUCCACAUGGGAACAGAGAGAUAUUCAUAAUUUCACCGAGAAACAAAUCCAGUGGUUUGAAGAUCAUGGUAUGAAACCACACAAGGUACUUGCGGAACCUGGUGAUUUGCUCGUGUGGGAUUCACGUACUGUGCAUUGGGGUGGGGAACCAACAGUUAACAGCAACACAAUCCGAACGGUGAUUUAUGCAUCAUAUGCCCCCUAUGAAUUGGCCACAGAAGAGACUUUGAAACUGAAAAAGGAAGCCUUUGAGUCUUAUCGAGCUACGACUCACUGGCCACAUGAUCAUAUAGUUAUACGGGAUGGCGUGGUGUCUCUCCCGGAUGGUACGGUCGAUCCUCGAAAUCGAUCGAUGCCAUUGGAAGUUCCAGAGCACACAGAUCGGUUGCUUCAACUAGCAGGAGUAAAAUCCUAUUGUGAGCUUUUGACGUCGAUCCUCCAAGCAAAUAUGAAAUCAUUUGAAUCUCGCCCUCCCGUCGAUUAUCCACGGAAGCGUGCAUCAAUCGCAUGUAAUUUCUGUCGUCAUCGGGUGCAGGAUAUUCCAGCUGAAAUCCUGCUUCGUUUGACCCAUUUGGAAACUCUGAUUGAGCAACAAAAGGACGCCAUCACCGAGCUCUCAGCCCGAGUAGCCUCAUCGGAUCAUCCGGGUCGGUCGACUCCUACCAUCUAUUCGUCACAGCCAAAAUACGACUGGGAUCCAUCGCCGCAGCAUGUAUACGAUAAAUCAUCUUUCAACAUCUUUUCACCGGAGAACCCAUACGGUCAGGAAUAUGCAUUUACUAUUCCUCCCGGACAUCAUACACCACCAGGAAGCUUGUUUGCAUUGGACCGAAUCAAAAACUUGAUUGGUGACUACCCUGAAGACUUUUUCAAGCAGAUAGAGAUAAAGCGCCCAUUCAACAGCAUCCAGGUCGCAGGCAUACCCCAGGCUUUUGAACAAAUCGACAGAUCCCGACUGCAUCCCCAGGUCACCAAACCUCUGAUCACUGAGUUCCUCAACCAUGUCCAUCCGUACUUCCCCGUUCUCGAGCCGCAGUUGUUACAUAUGCUCUUUGAAACUUUCUCAACAUACACCAAGGUCAACAGCAUCCAAACUUCCCUUUACCUGGUCAUUCUAGCUCUAGGAAAGGCCUCCUCGAAUCCUGAACAGAUUCUCAAUAUCGAAGCGGAGAAGGAUCUGAACGGGAUGGAAUAUUUUGCUUCUGCAUAUCACUACCUGAACAGCCCGUCGAUAACGUCCUUUACAGCGGAUCACUUGUUGCCUUUGGCUUUAUUCUACGGGUCUUUGUAUCUGCGUUACAUAGGACGCCCAAUCCAAGCAUGGCGAAUGGUUCGUGAUGCAUCCAAUAGUGUGCAGCUCAUGAUUCCGGAACUACGUGCUAUGAACACGUACGAAGAGCGAGCUAGCCUCUAUCGGACUGCCUGGGGUUGUUUCAUUCUCGAAUGUGAUGAUCUCGCAGAGUUCCAUUUCCCUCCCAGUGGCAUUGAACACCUCGUUGAUGGAUUGCCCUUCCCUGGAAUUUCGGAAGAUAGCCGAAACGGCCACCUUGUCUUCCUUGCAAUUUGUUCGAUUCGAAAGCUUCUCAACCGUGUGCAAAGCGCCCUCUAUACAAAAUCCGACCAGGAGAAAUUCCAUUCCAGUCCUCCGCCCCAACGCACAAUCGACACCCCUGGAGGCAAUCCGACUCCUCAAAAGUAUUCAAUUACCUCUCUUAAGACAAUCAGCGAGGAGCUCGAUCGCCAGUUGGAGGACUGGUUUAACUCUCUGCCGAAUCCCAUCAGGCCGACCCUGGGAAACACAAUAUCCGCGGAUCAUCCGUACGAUACUUACAUUCUUACCCGGUACUAUGCCACAAAACACAUCAUCUGCCGCCCGAGUCUUGUUAUCGCGGCCCACACUCAGGGCAGUACGGUAUUGCCGGAAUUUGUUUUCGCGAAUUGCAAGAAGUGCGUCGAUAGCUGUCGCAAAUUCGUCUGGGCGGCAUCCCUUCUAAUGCGGCAGAGAACAUACGCAAACUGGCACAGAAUGCAAGCAAUCUUGGCUGCCAUUUUUACUCUCUCGACUGCGAAAACCACGCCGGCUUUGGAAGCUCUUGUCCCGGACUUCGAUGACCUGGUCAAAGAAGCAAUUCAAUGCAUCGAACCCUGGGCGCAGUAUUGCGAAACCGCGGAUAUAGUCGUCAGCAUGAUGAAGACAAUCCGCCAGAAAGUGCGAGUAGCAGUUCGGGGAGCUUAG